AUGGGCUCCUAUGGGAAAUUCUGUUUCGAAUCACGAUCUUUUCGACUCACGAUCGGUAUCCGGGAACGGAUUAAGAUCAGUGAAUUGGUCCUGUCGAAGGGAUUUAUACCCGAGGAGCACCACGUCAUAACCGAGGACAAGUACAUUUUAGGGGUAGUCUACAUUUCGACCCCCCUCUUUUUGGACAGCGACGCUUUCGUCGCCGACUUCGCGAACAAUUCCCUCGCGUUCCUCCUCGCGGACAAUGGUUUCGAUGUAUGGAUCGGAAACAUACGGGGGACUAAAUACAGUCGAGCCAUGGUCGGGAAACCGGAUCCCUCUGCAUCAGACACGUCGUUUUUCGACUACACCUUCAUCGAUGCUGGCUUGAAAGACAUACCAGCAGGUAUCGAAUACGCCUUGGCUAAGACCGGACGAUUGCGUCUAUUCUACGUCGGGCACUCCCAAGCGACCGCUGGACUUUUCGCGUUGCUCUCAUAUCGUCCCGAGUUCAACGAGAAAAUCAUUGCGAUGGCUGCUCUGUGUCCCUUCAGGCGGAUAUCCUGCAACGUAGGUCAGGAUAUGCAGUUCGGCACCCUGGCCAAUAUCGCUCACUUCUACCGAUCUCUCAAUGUAAGAGCCGGAGCUUCGCUGGAUACGAUGGAUCCUUGUUCAUCAUUCACGAUCGAUAAAUUGCGAUGGUUACAGGCCCUGCGAUCUGUAUUCGGGGAAUUUCCCCCCAAGACCGGACUCCAUCAAAAUUUACUGUGCAAAAUUUCGAAUUCGCUCUGUGCGUUUGCUUUGCAUUUCGGUCUCGGCACCGCGCCGAACCUCAAUCAGAGCCGUCUGGACGUUUACGUGACGUUCAUGCCCGCUCCGACGUCGCUGAAGAAUUUAGUUUUCUUUGGACAGGUACGCCGACCAUAUAUAUGUCGAGUAGGAGCUGCAACAACACCGACGAAGUCUACGAUUUUGACUACGAUGACCUCACACGGGGCUGGGGAAGUCUAUCGUCAUUGUUCAAUAAGGAAGAAUCGAACAUGCUUGCCUACGGCUCGAGUGAACCGCGACGGUUCCUCGCGAAGGACAUUCGAAUACCCGUUCGGCUGUACUAUGGAGACGAUGACGGUUACGCUACAACAAUGGAAGCAGAGCGGCUCUCGAGAGAACUUCCAGAUUAUCGGGGCUCCUUCAAUCUGGGCCCAAAUUUUGGACAUUGGGACCUCAUUAUGCCCACUUACAACGCAAGUCAUGUCCACGAUGCUAUGCAUUUUCUCGACAAUUUCGUGGCGAAAACAUGCAGACUCUGAAGUGACUCUGAAGUCGCGACAUCGAUCCAGGGAUUUUCAAUUCCAUACUCAGCUCCCGCACUUGUUGGAAUCCACCAAGCACGUCACAAACAGACGAUCAAAGGUCAUGGUCUCAAAUAAAAGCGUAUCUGUAUUGAUUCAACGAGUCGUUCCCGUCGACGAGAGCUAG